CCCUCAUUUAGCUAUCUCCGUUCCCCUUCAUUUUCAUUCUUGUCAAAAACCCAAGAAAUCGCCGUGUCCUCCUCCCUCCUAAAACCCCACACAGCGCUUCUUCACAUGGUCAUAAACUCCCAAAACUCUUUCAUCUUUGACUCAAUUUCAAACAAACUUCCCUUAAUCUCAACUUUUUUCCGUCUCCAUUUCUCCUCUUAAUCCGUUCGUUCGUCUCUCACAGCUACUUUUUCAGUGUGAAUCUAGUGUUACAAGAAAAAUUUAAUCCGGACAUCUAAAUUGCGGUUGUCCGGUGUUGAAUCUACUGUACGGCGAUGCAAGGUUUUCAAGAUUCCAGUGGGCCUCCGAACGUGGCUCAACUUCAAGCCACCAUGCAAGCCAUUGAGCUUGCCUGCGCUUCUAUUCAGAUGCAUAUCAAUCCAUCUGCAGCUGAGGCAACUAUUUUAUCACUUCGCCAGUCGCCUCAUCCAUAUCAGACAUGCCAGUUCAUCCUUGAAAAUUCUCUGGUGGCUAAUGCACGGUUUCAGGCUGCUGCUGCAAUUCGAGAUGCUGCCAUUAGAGAGUGGAGCUUUCUUACGGCUGAUGUUAAGAAAAGUUUAAUUCGUUUCUGUCUCUGCUAUAUUAUGCAACAUGCGAGCUCACCAGAGCGCUAUGUUCAAGCAAAGGUUUCUGCUGUGGCUGCUCAAUUGAUGAAAAGGGGCUGGCUUGAUUUUGAGGCCUCUGAGAGGGAGUCUUUUUUUUAUCAGAUAAAUCAGUCUAUUCAUGGUGCUCAUGGUUCUGAUGUGCAGUUUUGUGGAAUUAACUUUCUGGAGUCAUUGGUAUCAGAAUUUUCACCGUCUACAUCAAGUGCCAUGGGUCUUCCUAGGGAGUUUCAUGAGCAGUGUAGAAGGUCAUUGGAGUUGAACUACCUCAAGACGUUCUACUGUUGGGCAAAAGAUGCUGCUGCAAGUGUCACCAGCAUGAUAAUUGAUUCUCAGACUGAGGUUCCUGAAGUCAAAGUUUGUACUGCUGCUUUACGUCUGAUGUUUCAAAUCUUGAAUUGGGAUUUUCAUAAUACCGUUGCUGCUAAGGCCAGUAUAAACUUUUACUUUGUUGGAGUCAAGGAUCAUGGUGAUUCAACCAAGCGAUCCGAGUAUAACUUGGUGCAGCCUGGUCCUGCUUGGUGUGAUGUCUUGGUUUCAAGUGGCCACAUUUCAUGGCUUUUGAAUUUAUAUGCGGCACUUCGACAGAAGUUUUCAUGUCAAGCGUUUUGGCUCGACUGCCCUAUAGCUUUAUCGGCUCGAAAGCUAAUCGUACAAUUUUGCUCUUUGGCAGGAACAAUAUUUCAUUCUGAUAAUGGGCAGAUGCAUGAAAAUCAUCUAUUACAACUUCUUUUGGGGAUAAUGCAGUGGAUUGAUCCUCCUGAUGCUGUUUCGAGAGCAAUUGAAAAUGGAAAAUGUGAAAGUGAGAUGCUUGAUGGUUGUCGUGCAUUGCUGUCCAUCGCAACUGUGACAACUCCCUUUGUGUUUGACCAACUACUUAAGUCAAUCAGGCCAUUUGGCACUCUUCAACUGCUAUCUAGUUUGAUGGGUGAAGUUGUCAAGGUUCUUAUGACCCAUAACAGUGAUGAGGAAACAUGGAGUUGGCAAGCUCGUGAUAUAUUACUAGAUUCCUGGACUGCCCUUCUCAUACCACUAGAGAGGUCUGGUCAGAGUUCAUUGCUUCCACACGAAGGUAUCAGUGCUGCAGCUAAUCUGUUUGCUUUGAUUGUGGAGUCAGAGCUAAAAGUAGCAUCUGCCUCAGCAUCAGAUGACAAUGUCGAAGCAGAAUAUUUUCAAGCUUCUGUUUCUGCCAUGGAUGAAAGGUUAAGUGCUUAUGCUCUUAUUGCAAGGGCAGCAAUAAAUGUCACAGUUCCCUUCCUCAUAGGACUGUUUACGGAGCGUCUCUCUAAGCUUAAUAAGGGCAGGUGCAUCAUUGAUCUAACUGAAACUCUGGAAGAAAUUUACUCACUUCUGUUAAUAAUUGGGCAUGUGCUAGCUGAUGAAGUGGAGGGGGAAACACCCUUGGUUCCAAAUGCCAUACAAUCCCAAUUUACUAAUGUGAUGGAAGCAGAUAAGCAUCCAGUUGUUGCACUAUCUAGCUUAAUUAUUAGGUUUGGUGAGCAAAGUUUGGAUCCACAAACUAGGGCAUCAAUUUUUAGCCCUCGGCUUAUGGAGUCAGUUGUCUGGUUUCUAUCAAGAUGGUCAUCAACGUAUUUACUUCACCCUGAAGAAAUUAUCACUAGCAAUUGCAACUAUGGUAAAGAACAUGAUCACGAGUUCCAGCCACAGCAUACAAGGAAAGUUCUUUACAGCUUCUUUGGAGAACAUGGCCAAGGAUUACCUAUACUUGACAUUAUUGUUCGCAUAUCAGCAACUACACUUUUGUCGUAUCCUGGGGAAAAGGAUUUGCAUGCACUCACAUGUAACCAACUGCUUCAUGCACUUGUUCGCCAGAAACAUAUUUGCAAUCAUCUGGUUGCGCUGGAUUCCUGGCGCAACUUAACAAAUGCUUUUGAUAAUGAAAAAAAAUUGUUCUUGCUAGAUUUCACUCACCAGCGUUCACUUGCUCAAACAUUAGUGCGUUCGGCUUCUGGUGUGAGAAAUAUAGAAUCAUCAAACCAGUAUGUGAGGGACCUUAUGGGUCAUACAGCAACACAUCUGGUAGAAACGGCUAGCAGGAAGGAUUUAACAAGUAUUGCUGAACAACCUGACGUUAUGGUGAUGAUAAGUUGCUUGUUGGAGCGGCUUCGUGGUGCUGCUUGUGCUUCAGAACCUCGGACCCAGAGAGCAAUUUAUGAGUUGGGAUUUUCUGUCAUGAACCCUGUUUUAGUUCUUCUUGCAGUUUAUAAAGAUGAGUCUGCAGUUGUUUAUAUGCUACUGAAAUUUGUGGUUCACUGGGUGGAUGGACAAAUUAAUUACUUAGAAGCUCAAGAAACAGCUAUUGUUGUUGAUUUUUGCAUGCGUUUGCUUCAGCUGUAUUCAUCACAUAACAUUGGCAGGAUAUCAUUAAGUCUUUCAAGCAGCUUACUUAAUGAGGCAAAAACUGAAAAGUACAGGGACUUGCGUGCACUUCUUCAACUUCUGUCGAAUCUGUGUUCAAAAGAUUUGGUUGAUUUUUCAUCCGAUAAUUCUGAAGUGCCAACAACUGAUAUUUCUCAGGUUGUGUACUUUGGUCUCCACAUUAUUAGUCCUUUGAUAUCUUUGGAUUUGCUGAAAUACCCAAAGCUUUGCCGGGAUUACUUCUCUUUGUUGUCGCAUUUGCUGGAGGUGUAUCCUGAAACAGUUGCAAAACUGAAUCCUGAAGCAUUUGCUCAGGUUCUUAGGACUCUCGACUUUGGUCUCCACCAUCAGGACACAGAAGUUGUUGAUAUGUGUCUCAAGGCCCUAAAGUCUCUUUCUUCAUACCACUUUAAGGAAAUUUCUGCUGGUAAUCCUGGUUUGGGCUCCCGAGUAAUUAUCCCAAAGGAUGCAGGUGAAGCUGCACAGGAAGGCGUUUUGAGUGGGUUCCUUAAGUCACUACUGCAGUUACUUCUUUUUGAGGAUUACAGUCCUGACUUGGUGGGGAAUGCAGCAGACGCACUGUUUCCUCUAAUUCUCUGUGAACAAGGACUAUACCAGAAAUUAGCUACGGAGUUAAUAGAGAGGCAGGUUAAUCCAACAUUCAAGUCGAGGAUUGCAAAUGCUUUACAUACUCUGACCAGCGCAAACCAGCUUUCUUCCGUGCUUGAUCGCAUAAAUUCCCAGAGAUUUAGGAAAAAUUUACACAACUUCCUAAUCGAAGUUCGUGGCUUUUUGCGGACGGUUUGAUGUCUUACUAGUCCCUUGUCGAAACAUCAACUGGUUCGGGUAUGAUUCAAGGUGCAUACUCCAAAAUCUAGAAGUUAGAAGAUAUGAAAGUGCCACAGCAGAGGCUGGCAGGAUGCCUUGGAAUGAAAAUUGGGCAUUAGAAGACUUGAGCCAACUGAUCUCUUGCAAGGAGAUGCACUAUUGCGAUUUCUGCUGCGCUUGUUUCAGGUGAAAAAGUGCUUCAAAACUUCAAAAGUUACUGCAGAGAAAGCUUCAGUGAUCUCACCAAGUCUGAAUAUGGUGUGGUUUUGGCUUUGGCUUUGGUUUGGUUUCGGUUUCGGACAAUCCCAUUUUCUGCUGCUUUUUGGGUGUGGUAGGCUGAGGCUGGAAUAUAUUGUAAGUUCAGUGGCAGUUUAGAACAUUAUUGUUGCUAAAUGCACAGUUUGAAGGUGAUGUGAUUGUAAAAUUUUGAUCUUUAUAGUUUUCUUUCCACUGAUAAUGAGAAUAAGGAUGUGCAUUGAUGUUUCAA